AUCAUGGGGAUAGAGGGAGGGGGUGAGUCGCCUGGUGGAAGGGACCGAAAUGUCCUUCAUAUAAACCGGUGACAAAGUGGCGAGCAGUGGCCCCCGGGCAGCAGAGAUCAGAGACGACGCUCACAGAGAGACACGGGGACGCGGAGAGGAGGACAUCAGCGCACCGAGCACCAGCUGGAUCCACGGAAACGCACCGGGAGAGACGCGAAAGGGAGGACACGGGAAAAACUAAUCCGGACAGAGCAGCAUUUAUCUCCCCAGCGACAGAGAUGGGCACCACUUCAACCCCCCUGCUUUUUAUUUGCGCGUUUAUGACGUCUAUGCUGAUUGGCGGAACCUUCUCGGAGGGGGUGUGUCUUCAAGAUGGCAAACACAAGGCCACGCCCACCCCGGAGCCACACCUGAGGGAGUGCUCCCUGUACGCUGACAAUAGCUGCUGCACAGAGGAAGACAUCCAGGACAUCUCCCACAUCCCCUCUGCCAACAAUCAGAAUGAACCCUGGGACAAGUGUGGGCCUCUGAGCCCUGAGUGCGAAGGCUUUCUGAAGCGUGUGUCGUGCUUCUACCGCUGCUCCCCCGACGCCGCCCGUUGGCCUCAUCCUCACCGCCGCUCGUACAUCCAGGCCGUGCCGCUCUGCCACAGCUUCUGCCGUGAUUGGUUCGACGCCUGCAGGAUGGACAUGACAUGCGCUCGCAACUGGGCCAGAGACCCCCGGGGACAGAACUGCACCGGAACCUGUGUUCAGUAUCAGCAGAUGUACCAGCACGGCCGGGACCUCUGCGAGAGCCUGUGGGGCGACGCCUUCAUGACGGUGGAGGACGAGCCGGAGGAGGUGGGAGAGGCCGGGGAGUUCGGGGCGGAGGGCGACGGCGGUCGUCCCUGCGGCUGCCUCACCCUCAGCCCCUCGGACAAGGACGUGAUCGCCGCCCUCAGGGCCCAGCAGGACGACCCGGAGGAGCUGGACACCACCAAGACGGGCCUGCCUCAGUACCGGGCCCCGUGCCAGACCAAGCUGCCCUUGCAGGCCAAGCGCGGCAGGAAGGGGAACUCGGUGCUGCGCAAGCGUUCGGUGGAGGUGGAGGACGUGGAGGGGAGCGGCAGCGGCCUGUAGAUUGAUCCUAGGCGGCAAAAUUAUAUUUAGAGGUAAUUGUCUAGAUUCUAAUAAACAAAAUCUACCCCUCUCAGACAGUUCUCCUGUAACUAAACUUACCACACGAACCUAAAGCUCUCAUUAUCAUCAAUCACAUCACAGCUAUAAUCUCUAGAGAUGUCAAUAUCUGGCUUAGGGGAAGCUUGUUACUAUUUGAUUUAACAGCGAGGAUUAAAAAAAAAAAAAGAAGAAAAAAAAAGAUGCCACCGCUGAAUGAUAGUCAAGUAUUUCAAGGCAGAAUUAAUUGUGCAAGGACUCAAUAACACAGAUUAUAUCUCAUAUUGGCUGCAUUUUUUUAUUAUUAUUAUUAUUAUUACUAUUAUUAUUGCCAGCUAACAGGAGUCCUACAGUAAUGACACUUCUGCAUGAAUCAAGCGUGUAAUCCCCAGUGGUUAAAGUACUUUUUUAGCGUUGAAAUCAUAACCAGGCUUCGCCGCCUCGCUUCUGGAGCUGAUUUUAAUCUGUGCAUUAGACAGAUCUUACCGCUGUGACACCAUUCUGUGCAGUCUACUCGUCGGGAAGCAUGUGAUAGUGGAGAGCGUCGCGCAGAGUGAUCAUGAUGAUGAAUGUAACUUUGGCUUUUUACCCGUGGGUCUGAACCUGAGGGGUGUGGUGCGCGGCGGCGGCGGAGAGGUGGCGGGCUUAAAACCCGUGGGAGGAGGAGGUUCAUUUUCAGACGGGAGGAGGAAGCGGAUCUGGUAGUUUGAUUACCAAUGUAUCGUUUUAUAAUCUGGUCGUGUAUAUGUAGGGUGAGGCUCUGUUAGAUGUAAAUGUUUUGUAAUAAAGGAAAAUGUCUUGACUUGUGGUGAGCUCGCUGAAAUGGGUCUUUCUGUGCUUUUCUUUUCAUUCUCAAUAAAGACAUUUCUAAAUGUUA